UUGUGUUGUGACACCAUCAUGUGUCACGUUUGGGUUGAGGUAGCCCUAUAGGACGCCGCGCCCUAUAUAUGGCUACUAGGGUUGAUGAAGUUAAAAAAACAUUAGCUUGUCUGUCACUUAGGCUACUAGUCUACUGUUGUUAUGCCGAAAGGAGGACGAGGACGAGAGUUUGAGCGUUUUGAUGGACUCUCGCUUAUCUAUUGGUAAGAGAGGACUGGUAGAGAGAUGACCACAGCGUGGUGUGUUCAUCACGUGUCACUUUGUGAAGAAGUUCAAAAACAUAAGCUUGUCUGUCACCUACUUAAUUAAGCUCCUUACUUUUGCUAUGUCAUCAUGCGCUUUGGGCAUGGUCCGGCUCGAGCCUUGUUCUCUGGCUGGUUUGGAUUGGGACUAUUCGUGACCGAUAUCACGCAUGUGUUGAUACUUUGAGAAACUGUUAUGGGAUUAUUAAACAUACCUGUUUUCAAUGUUUUCACGGGAGUGUUGUUGCUCAGUGUCCUUCCCACUCUUGUUUUGAGCCACAUACAGUUGGAGAGUUGCGUGCGUCAGCGGGUUUGUAUCCCGGCACUGAUUUAUAACGGUGCAGACAUCAGGUGCUACACAUGAAAGAUAUACAUUAUACAACGUUGUUACACUUGGCUUAAUAUGGAGUUUCAUUCUUUAUUAUGAAUGCCGCUUCUAUUUCUUUCCAAUUACAUUUUCGGGGACUCAGUAAACCUAAUGAAAUGUGGACAGCAAUUGCGCAUAAUCGGGCUGUCCUAUAUCCAGAUUUAUCAACGGAAGCCCAUGAGGAUACUAACCAUUGGGAUGCGAGUCACACUAUUGCUGAACAAAUCCGACCCAUAUUCAGGCUACAAUAGAUGGUUAUAUAACGUGUCUCUGGCACUGCUGUGAGAACCCCUGCUACCCAUCACGCAUCUCCAUGGCGCAGCGCGGGACACUAAUGGGUCCGUAUGGGGUGGAUCGUGCCGUUCAUGAAAUAGAAUUUACUGAUUGUGAGAAUGGACUGGGGAUCAAAGUCAUUGGAGGAAUGAAGGAGUUAACGGGAGAAGAGUUUGGAGUCUACGUCAAAAGGAUUUUACCUGGUGGCCUUGCUUCAAGUGAUGGACACCUCCAGGCGGGAGACCAGAUCUUGGAGGUGAAUGGGGAGAGUUUACUAGGGGUCACCAGUGAAAGAGCAGUAGACGUUCUGAGAUCAGCGUCCUCGAGCAACCAAAUGCGCCUUCUGAUCGCCAGAGACGAGGAAGCAAGGAGAGAGUUUUCAGAGCUUUUGGAGAAGUAUGGAUCCAGCGCUAGUACUGGGUCGACACGCAACUCUCCCAUCCAGCAUGGUAGGACCUCCCUCCUCCCUCUAUGUCUACAUGGUAUAACACAACUCUCCCAUCCAGCAUGGUAGGACCUCCC